UUAUUGCACUGCCACAGCCUGAUCUUGACCAGUGACCUUACAAAUUUCAAAGCGUAGCAUGAGCUGAAGACUGCUGAAGACCUCUGAAGACCUGUUAUCGUGGUGAUAGCCGUCGGGCCUUUAUUUUGAUCGUCCAAGUGCCGGGCUGGAAUAUUAACGAUGGGCAUCUCAACGUCUUCUCAUGAAGCGGCUGUUACUCGGCCUCCGGUUCUUCAGGCUGAGAGAGAGACUGUGCCGCCUAUGAACUCAAUCAAUACUGCAUCCGGCAGCAGUAGUAAUCCUGGUUUGGAGAAGAAAAAACGUGAGGGGAAUGAAUGCGAACCUGAAAUUUCUCGUCGAAGUAUCGGGGUUGUCAAUAAGGAAGAUCAAGCAAAUUCAGUUGACACUUCAUCUAAUAAUAAUAAUAACCCUAGUGGAACGGAGCAGGUAAAACGCAAAGUUGAAGAACACAAACCAGAAGUUCAACCCCGUCGAAGUGGUAGGAUUGUCAAGACAUUGAAGGAAGAUGGUUCAGUUCCAAUUGUCACUUCAUCCAGCGAUAGCAUUAGCUCUAAUGGCACAGAACAGAAAAAGCGUAAGGGUGAUGAAUACGAACCAGACACUUCAAUUCGUCGAAGUACUAGCUCAUUGAAGAAAUUGAAGACAGACGAUGCAGCUGUAGGUAAAUUGUGUUCUUCUGUAUCUUACCCUGGAAUUUGGCUCAUAUAUCGCCCACUAGCGCCUGCUCCAGCCACAAAAUCAAGGAAGUCAUCGAAGUCAGCAAAAUCCGAAGACGCGAAGAAAUAGGACGUUUCCAAGGAUCUAAAGUCACCUUUGCCAAAACCGGCCAAGAAAAGCAUCCAGGACACAACAAGCUCAUCGUCCAGUAUGACUCAGUUGAAAUCCAACCCUUCGCCAACCACAUCUCAUUGAUCUCAACCUUUGAAUUCACGAGUUCGAUCUGUGCCCACUCCUGUUGGCCAAUCAAUAUCAACGCCAUCACAAUCAAAUGCCGUC